UUGAAAAAAAUAAUAAUAAUAAUUCAGCGCCAUCAAAGUCCAAUUCGAUUCGGAACUAAGCCAACCGAUUGCACGGCUCGAACCAGUGACCAGUGUCUACUACUAAGCCCUAACCAGUGCUCGGUGUCUCCUCCUUCCUCUUCUCUUUCUGCCUUCCACUUGUUGAUCACUACUGCUGCUCUUCCUCGCCUGUGCCGCUGCCAUAUGCCGUCUCUAAUUAGGUAGCGUAAAUAAAUCAAUUGCUGGUGGCUUCUCCGUCCAUCAGUAGCGGCUAGAAGGCCCAACUAUUCGUGAUUAGAAACUCGCGCUCUCGGUUUUGAUCUUUUUCUUAUCAGAAUGAAGCUAAGAGUGGCGUGCAGAAAGAUCCGCGAUUACAUUCGUUACGAUCUGAAAGAAAUAGCAUUUCCUUCAUCUCUGCCAGACCCCCCUCAUAUAAAAAAGCGACGCAAAUUGACUUGGCACGAGCGCUUUCUAGUGUUGAAGAAAGCCUCAAGACUUUAUGCUGCUAGCUGGGUACGGGAUAUUGGUCCUGAUCUUCGGCCAAACGACUAUAAGAAGGAGGAAGGAAGUGAGGACAGAGCCAAUGGGAGAAAGAGCGCUUCAGCACAAGAGAAAGAGCCCUCAGUAUUUGAAGAUCUUGCGGUGGCUGCAAGAGGAGGUAUGGAGACAUUAAGGCCUGCUUUGCAGCGGGUGUACAUGACAAGAGCUUCAGCAUAUAGAGAUGCUCUUAAAAGUUUUAUACAAGGAUAUCAAGAAGGUGUCCAGCAGGUCAGGGAGAAGAAAGAAGAAUCUAAUGCUCAACAAGGGGAUGAUAGAGCCAAGAAAUAGACUUCAGUGCUCAUUACUGAGGUCAUGCAAAUGUGUACUGUCAUGCAAGUAACUGUCGUUUUUAAUUUAAUAAGUUACUAUUCUAGCAAAAAGAGAGUAAGAAGUUACAAGGUUGCUUUUUUCUGUUAUGAGGAUUCCAUUUACAUCAAGCCAAGUCUGACAACUACGGAAUCCUUUUGUAUAUAAUUAAUUACCUUGUGUGGAUUAAGAAUCCAUAGACAUUAUUAAUGGUUUUGCGUCCUGUUAAUUUGAGUUUGUCUCAUAAUAUUUUAGCACUUA